CCAAUCAAUCAGAGGAAAAAUAGAAAGAAAAAGGAAAAUAAUGGGAGGUUCCUAUAAUUCCUUGAAAAGUGGCCAAGUCCUGAAGGCUGAAGCCUUAUAAAUAUCCUCGAACACUCCUCUAACAAAAGCACAAGCCUUUGAUUCUAACUUGAGAGCUAAGAACUCGAAGAAGAUGGAAGAUUACAACAUUUUCAAAAACCUAGCAAUCUCCUCUGCUUUACUGAUUCUCUGUGCAGUUAUCAGAGUUGUUUACACCAUUUGGUGGAGACCCAAAAGCCUUGAGAAGCAACUGAGGCAGCAGGGAAUCAAAGGCACCUCCUACAAGCUUUUGCAUGGUGACAUGAAAGAGAUUAAGAAGUCCACCAUACAAGCAUUGUCCAAACCCAUGACCCUAAACCAUCGGAUUGCUCCACGUGUCUUACCAUUCUUUCAUGAAAUGGUUCAAAAAUAUGGAAAAGUUUGUCUGAGUUGGAUUGAAACAAGACCAAGGCUGAUAAUCGGGGACCCGGAGUUAAUCAGGUUGAUAUUAGCAGACAAGAAUGAUGAGUUCGUUUCUCCGCCAUUGAAUCCUCUAGUGAAAAUUCUCCAACAGGGAGUGGCAACCUUGCAAGGAGAACGAUGGGCCAAGCGCAGAAGGCUCAUCACACCCGCUUUCCAUUUUGAAAAGUUGAAGAGAAUGGUGCCAGCAUUUUCAACGAGCUGUGUUGGGAUGAUUGACAGAUGGAAGAAAAUGAUUGGUCCCGAAGGAUCAAGUGAAAUAGACGUUGCACAGGAAUUUCAAAAUCUUGCCGGGGAUGUUAUUGCUCGAACAGCCUUUGGAAGCAGCUAUGAAGAGGGAAAAAGGAUAUUUGAACUGCAGAAAGAGCAAGGUGUAUUGGUGAUUGAAGCCUACACCAACAUUUACAUCCCUGGUUUCAGAUUCUUACCCACAAAGAAGAACAAAAGGAGAUAUGAGAUAGAUAAGGAGAUCAAAUCAAUGUUAAGGAAAAUGAUCGCCGGAAAAGAGCAGGCAAUGCGAAACGGAGAGUUUGGCGACAAUGAUUUACUGGGCCUACUGUUGCAAUGCAAGGAAGAGUCUGAUAGUGGUAUGACAAUCGAUGAUGUAAUAGAGGAGUGCAAGCUGUUCUACUUCGCCGGCCAAGAGACCACGGCGGGCUUGCUGACGUGGACAAUGAUUGUCUUGUCUAUGCAUCCCGAUUGGCAACAAAAGGCAAGAGACGAGGUUCUUCAAAUCUGUGCCAAGAGACCACUUGAUUCUGAAGCUAUAAAUCAACUCAAGAUUGUACAAAUGAUAUUGUAUGAAGUGUUGCGUUUAUACCCACCUCUCACUUGUCUCUAUCGACACACUCGGCAAAGAACAAAUAUUGGAGGCUUCUCCAUUCCGGCCGGGGUUGACUUGACCUUGCCAAUAUUGUUUCUCCACGAUGAUCCAAACUAUUGGGGCAAAGAUGUUGAGAAAUUCAAGCCUGAGAGAUUUUCUGAAGGGGUUCGGAAAGCUUCAAAGGAUGAUCAAAAUGCCUUCUAUCCCUUUGGUUGGGGCCCAAGAAUAUGUCUUGGCCAAAAUUUCACCAUGAUUGAAGCAAAGUUGGCUCUUGCAAUGAUUCUUCGAGAUUUUUCCUUUCAACUCUCACCCUCUUACACUCAUGCUCCUUGUUCUCUCAUUAGUCUUCAGCCACAAUAUGGGGCUCCAAUCAUCGUACACCGAAUCUAAUUAAGUGUUUCUAUUGGUCAUGUUUGUGUUCUGUUUCAUGCUUAUGUCUGUUUUGUUCAGUCAAGUCUGUUGGUUGUGUUCUAUUACAAUUCAAUAAGGUGAUGUAACGAA